UUAUAAAAAAUGCACAUGUGCACUGUACAGCAGUCAGUCUAGCACAACUUAAUAACCGUACAGAACGGUUCUAAAUAGUUAAUACGCAAAAAGUCAUAGAAAUGGAACGCUGGCAGAAUCGUGUUGCUGUAGUCACUGGCGCAGGUGCAGGCAUUGGUGCGGCUAUUGUGAAAUAUCUCGCUAAUAACGGUAUGGUGACUGUCGGYUUGGCRCGACRYAAAGAACGUAUCGAAGCCCUGCGCRAUGAAGUGAAAGAYAUGGCAAARCAACGCAUACACGCGAUUAAAUGCGAUGUACGAGAUGAAGCUGAUGUGAUAGCCGCCUUCAAAGAGAUCGAAASCAAGUAUGGACCAGUGGCGGUGCUAGUAAACAAUGCCGGCAUUUUGCGUCGUAGCGAYUUGUUGAAAGAAGGCAACUCACARGAUAURCGCGAUGUGAUGGAUACAAAUGUCUAUGGUAUUGUGUGGAGCACACGGGAGGCUUUCCGUUCGAUGAAGACUCAGGGUCCUGAUGGUCAUAUCUUCCUCAUCAAUAGCAUAUCUGGGCAUGGGAUACCAAAUAUACCGAAUAUGUCACCCAAUAUUUAUCCACCUUCAAAGCAUGCCGUCACCGUUAUGACGGAAAUCUACCGCCAGGAGCUUCUUAAUAAUAACACUAAAAUUAAGAUUACCAGCAUUAGUCCUGGCGCAGUGCAAACCAAUGCUGUGAUCGAAAAUCCGAUUUUAAUAUCAGAUAUGGUAUAUUUGGCAUCCGAAGAUAUCGCUGAUGCGUUGAUCUAUUGCUUACAGACGCCACCGCACGUGCAGAUUCACGAAUUAAUCAUAAAACCGGUCGGUGAAAAAUUCUAAGAUUGCCGCGUGUUGAAACAGGAAUUGACUUCUUAUACUUAUAUUUGUUGAAAAUGAAAAUAUUAAAUAAUGAAAAGAAGCUAAAACUCAUUAGUAA